AUGUCAACCGAUUCAGAAGCAAAGAACCGUGCUGUGAUAUAUGCAAACCCACCAGAGAUUACAACUCGCGUGGAAGAACUACCAAUUCCUAAGCCGGGCUCGGGUGAAGUGUUGGUCCGCCUGUUCUACUCCGGCGUUUGCCAUACCGACUACGGGAUAUGCACUAAUGGUUUUUCAACGCUUCCUUUACCAACCCCGCAGGGGCAAAUCGGCGGGCAUGAAGGCGUUGGGAAAGUCGUCGCUCAAGGUGAUGGUGUUUCAUUCCCUCAAAUUGGCACCAUGGUGGGCAUCAAAUGGGCAGCUAGCGCGUGUCUCAGUUGUGACAAUUGCCUCGAAGGAGGCGAAACAACAUGCAUAACGGGCACGGUAUCCGGCUAUCUCACACCUGGCACAUUCCAACAAUACUGCUUGAGCCAAGCAUCCAACGUGACGUUAAUUCCAGAUGGAAUCGACCUUGCGGGCGCAGCACCACUCAUGUGUGGCGGAGUCUCUGUAUAUUCAGCUCUCAAAAGAGCUCAUGUCCGCCACGGGCAAUGGGUUGUGAUUUCAGGCGCGGGUGGUGGCUUGGGCCACCUUGCCAUUCAAUACGCCAAGGCGAUGGGGGGUCGCAUAAUAUCCCUAGACGUCGCGGCAAAAGAGCGUCUAUGUCUCGAGCUUGGGUCUGAUAUAUUCAUAGACUUUGCCGGUUUCGCCACUGAUGACGCGCUUGCUAAAGAAAUUCAUAAACUGACUGGAGGUGGUGCUAAAGUGGUACUUGUCUGCUCUUCGAGUCACCGAGCAUAUGCACAAGCCGUCUCAUUUCUCGGUUUCCGGGGUAUCCUAGCAUGCCUUGGCGUCCCGGAAGGUGAUUCUUUACCAAUAGCAGGAGCGAACGUUCCAGAUAUGAUUACCAAUGAGCUCACCAUCUUCGCUUCUAAAAGCGGAAAUCGUCUGGAGGCGAAGGAAUGUCUAGAUAUUGCCGCGGUUGGAAAGAUCAAAACUCAUUAUGAGCUGCGACCUAUGGAAGACCUAACCGAGGUUUUUGAGGAUAUGAAAAGUGGAAAAAUUAACGGCAGGAUUGUUUUAGAUCUUCGGUGA